AUGAUGAGAGCUAUUACUUCUUCCAUAUUAGCUGCCUUAAUUAUCGCGCAGGUUGCAGUACUAUCGUCAGCUUCAGAGCUCGAUCGCUUAACGAGGGCUGUGAACAUGAUUAAAGCUUAUUCCGCUGGAUCAUUAACUACUUGUGCUGCAGUCGGUAAUAAUGCUCCUUUCUGUGAUGUUUCUUAUCCUGUACCUGAGUAUGCCCAGCGCGACGCUAAAGCUCUUGAUCGAGCCGCUCAAACAAUCGUAAAUGGGAUCAAAAAUAGCCCAUCUGUGUCUGCUUCUCAGGCCUGCCUUCGAGAUAUUAAAGGUCUAUAUUGCAACAUUAUGUUUCCAAGAUGUGAUCGAGUGCGUAACGAAAUUAGCUUUAACACUUCGAAUUGCAUCAAUGCUGAUGAAAAAUGUCCUCAAUCUAUCCGUGAUAAUAUUAAAAAAGGCCAUUUAUGUGACUAUAUACCCCGCGGGAAAUUUUACCUCAACGAUUGCAUUAAACCUCCAAGUUACAGCUAUAAAACAUGCCCAAAUGCACCUAAUGCUGUUCUUAUACCUAAAUUUCUGGUAGCCGAACCCGUACUUCAAGAUAAUGGUGCGACGGCACUUAAAAAAUACUUGAAAUCUAAAAAAGUAAGUGAUGCCUGCAUUAAUACAGCCAUGCAGUUGGAAUGUGGCGUAAUACCAUUUUGUUCACCUAAUAAGACUUUACUCCUAACCACAUUAACACAAAGCGUUUGUAAGAACUUCAUAAAUUGGUAA